AUGCCCGGAGCGAAUGGCACUGCUCACGACCAAGACAUUGGCUUUGCGUUAGGGGUCAAGAGGUCCAAGAUCUCGCAGACUCGCCAGCCUGCAGUCGAUCUAGGAAAUUAUAUAAAUUACCCGGCUGUUCCCAGAGCAAAUAUAGCUGUGUCCAAGGAAUCCCCGAAUGGCACAGACGGUUAUGCAAAGAAGUACGAAGACUAUACGGUCCUUCAGCAACAUGUUCUCUUCUGGGAUAGAGACGGGGAUGGAAUCAUUACGCCCUACGAUACAUACAUCGGAUUUCGAGAACUGGGGUUCAACGUCCUUUUUUCAUUGUUCGCUGUUUUGAUCAUCAAUUUGAAUUUUUCCUAUCCCUCCAAACUGGCGUAUUCAUGGGUUCCGGAUCCCCUCUUCAGGGUCUACGUGCCCAGUAUUCACAAGGCGAAGCAUGGUUCUGAUAGCGGCAUCUUUGACCACGAAGGUCGUUUUGUUCCCCAGGAAUUUGAAAGUAUUUUUUCCAAGUACGACAAGGAAGGCGAUGGCACUCUCACACUUAGGGAGUUAUUCGAUCUGAUGCACGGCCAACGUGGGCCAGUCGAUCCGUUCGGGUGGUGUGCUGCUUUCUUUGAAUGGGUCACUACAUGGCUACUCGUUCAGAAGGAUGGCAAAGUAUAUAAGGAAGAUGUACGUCAGGUAUUCGAUGGUUCCAUAUUUUGGCGGAUCAGAGACUCUCGCAUGAAAAAAGAGGGAUGGAGACAGGGGUUUGGUUUCCCUGGUGAUAAUUUUAUAGGGCCAACUAAGGUAGCCUGAAGGCUCCUAUAUCCUCAAGAGAUAGUCUGUUACUUUGAAGUAACAGUUCAUCCUUGUAGAGGUUGACCUGACAUAUAAAGAUAC